UGGACCACAUCCCCUUUAGAGGAAAUAAAUAUCAGUCAAAGCAGGCAGGCAAACUCCAUUACACCAACAUGAAGGGAAAAGGCCACCUGUUCACUCAUCUACUAGUUCUACUCCUGUGUCUGACAGCAGGUGAGGGGGCAGAGAUCAUCGACGGAAAUGAAGUGCCCCCCCACUCUCUUCCAUUCAUGGCUCUCCUGCAGACCUCUGAGGGAACACCAUUCUGUGGCGGCACUCUGAUUGACCUCCAGUGGGUUCUGACUGCAGCACACUGCAACAUUUCUUCGAGCGUGCUGUUGGGGGUGCACAACCGCUCAAAGUCAGAGAUGGAGUACCGACAGCUCCAGAAGGUGAAGCACAGUGUUCCUCAUCCCUUAUAUAACCCCAACACCUUCGACAAUGACCUCAUGCUGCUGAAGGCAAGUUAUUAUUAUAUCCAUGAAGUUUGACAGAAUGAGUCAGAC